AUGGGAAGGAAGUUACCACCACCACCACCUCCUCCUCCUCCACAGAGACCUCCACCUCCUCCUGGGAUGCCUGGAAGGAAUAAUCCCAAUUUAUCGACCAGAAAUAAUGUUGCGCCUCCACCACUGACAAGUUCCAUCAGACUGAGAGCACCACCACCUCCACCGCCACCACCUUCUGGAACAAGCAAUAGACCACCAACCGGACUAACACCACCACGUCCACCGCCUCCAUCUCAUACUCCCAAACGACCACAUCCAGACACAAGCAAGCAAGACUUACAAUCACGUAAAAGAAUAUGGCUACAAAUUCAAAAAGAUAGAUUUAAAACCAAAAAACUUACAUCAAAGGGAGGAACAGUUCAACCAACCAAACCAGAAAUGCCACCUCAACAUCUCCGUAAGAUCAUGAUUGAUCAUGGCGAUCUAUCUUCCAAAAAAGUGGCUCUGGAUAAAUUAUCUCAUUUAGGUUCUUUGAAAUAUUUACCUCAUGCAUUAUUAAAAUUAUUAGAAAAUAUGCCACAACCUUGGGAACAAACUAAAGAAGUCAAAGUCUUAUAUCACAUUACUGGUGCGAUUACAUUCGUGAAUGAGAUUCCUCGUGUUAUUGAACCGGUAUAUACUGCACAAUGGGCGAAUAGUUGGAUAAUGAUGAGACGUGAAAAACGAGACAGGAAACAUUUUAAAAGAAUGAGAUUCCCACCAUUUGAUGAUGAAGAACCUCCGCUUGAUUGGCUGGAGAAUUUGGAAGAUGUUGAGCCAUUGCCGGCAAUUAGAUCCGAGAUUGAACUGGAUGAAGUGGUGGGUGAUUGGAUAUAUGACGAAAAACCCCUAGUUGAAGAUCUGGAUUUUGUGAAUGGUGAUUCAUACAGGAAAUGGAAUUUGGAUUUAGAAACGAUGAAUAAGUUGUAUGAAACUUCUCAACCUUUGUUGCUUGAGAAUAAUAAUGAGAAUCAUUUAUUUAAUAAGAAGGCGUUCUUUACUGCUAAGAAUUUAAAUGUUUCUUUACCUGGGGGUCCUAAAUUUGAACCAAGAUUUAAAGAGAAUAGAAAUAAUCCAGAAUUGGAGGAUUUUACUGAAUUUAAUGCUAUUGAUAGAAUAAUUUUCCGGAUACCAAUUCGUACUGAAUAUAGAGUUUCAUUUCCAUAUUUGUACAAUUCAUUUGUAAAGGAUGUCUCACUUGUACCGUGUCAUUCGGUAAUAAAUUGCAACCAAAGCAAAAGGAAGAAUACAGAAGGAUUUACGUUUAAUUCCAAUUAUAAUUUAAUUCUACCUAAGGAUAAUCCAAUUGAAAUUAGAACUGAAAAGGAAGAAGAUUUAGACUUAGAUUUUGAGCCUUUCUUCAAAUGGGACUUAGAUGACGAAGAUACCAAAGAUGAAGCUGCAGAAGCGAAUGAAAUGGAAAUAGAUGACGAUGAAAUAGAAUUACCAAUUGAACCGAAAGGAACUGCGGAAGCGUUACAAUUACUAUCGGCACCAUUCCCAUUCAACCGUCGUAGUGGAAAAAUGAUCAGGGCCCAAGAUGUUGCGUUAACCAAGAGUUGGUAUAAACGACCUGCACCAAAAGGAAGCACAACCAAGGUGCGGAUUUCAUAUCAGAAAUUAUUAAAGAAUCAUAUCUUAAAUGACUUGCAUAAUCCACCAGGACGAAAGAAUAAAUCUAGGAAUCGGAAAAAAGUACAUCUUUUGAAAAGCUUGAAAGCAACUAAAUAUUUCCAACAGACGACGAUAGAUUGGGUAGAAGCUGGUUUACAAGUGUGCAGACAAGGUUUUAACAUGUUGAAUUUAUUGAUUCAUAAAAAGGGAUUGACUUAUCUUCAUUUAGAUUACAAUUUCAACCUAAAACCAACAAAGACUUUGACCACCAAAGAAAGAAAACGGUCAAGAUUUGGGAAUGCCUUCCAUUUAAUUCGUGAAUUAUUAAGAGUGGUUAAAAUAAUCGUUGAUUCCCAUGUUCAAUAUAGAUUGGGAAAUGUCGAUGCUUAUCAAUUGGCAGAUGGACUUUAUUACAUUUUGAAUCAUUUGGGACAGCUUACAGGAAUUUAUAGAUAUAAAUACAAAGUCAUGCAUCAAAUUAGGCAGUGCAAAGAUCUUAAACACAUAGUUUAUCACCGUUUCAAUAAAGUUAUUGGAAAGGGUCCUGGUUGUGGAUUUUGGCAACCAGCUUGGAGAGUAUGGUUAUUUUUCUUGAGAGGAAUUGUACCAUUAUUGGAAAGAUGGUUAGGAAAUUUAAUUGCAAGACAAUUUGAAGGAAGAAGACAAAAUGAUGUGGCUAAGACUAUUACGAAACAAAGAGUUGAUUCAUAUUAUGAUUUAGAAUUAAGAGCACAAGUUAUGCAUGAUAUUUUGGAUAUGAUUCCGGAAGGACUUAAACAGAAUAAAUCAAAAACUAUUCUUCAACAUUUAAGUGAAGCUUGGAGAUGUUGGAAAGCCAAUAUUCCUUGGAAAGUCCCUGGAUUACCUGAGCCAAUUGAAAAGAUUAUCGAACGUUAUAUCAAAGCUAAAGCAGAUGGAUGGAUUUCAGUUGCACAUUAUAAUAGAGAAAGGAUCAAAAAAGGUGUUGGGGUUGAAAAGACAGUAGCUAAGAAGAAUUUAGGAAGAUUGACAAGAUUAUGGAUUAAGAAUGAACAAGAAAGGCAAAUGAAUUUUGGAAAAGAUGGACCCUACGUGUCUCCAGAUGAAGCAGUUGCAAUUUUCCAAACUAUGGUGCAUUGGUUAGAAAGUAGGAAAUUUAGUCCGAUCCCAUUCCCACCAAUCUCAUAUAAGCAUGAUACAAAGUUAUUGAUUUUGGCAUUGGAAAACUUAAAGGAGAGUUAUAACGCAAAUGCAAGAUUGAAUUCCGCUCAGAGAGAAGAAUUAGCAUUGAUUGAACAAGCAUAUGACAAUCCACAUGAGUGUUUGGCAAGAAUUAAGAAAUUUUUACUUACGCAAAGAAUCUUCAAAGAAGUUGGGUUAGAAAUGAUGGAUUAUUAUAGUCACCUUGUUCCCACCUAUGCAAUUGAUCCAUUAGAAAAGAUCACUGAUGCAUAUCUUGAUCAAUAUUUAUGGUACGAAUCGGACAAACGUAGACUUUUUCCAAAUUGGGUUAAACCAAGUGAUGAUGAAAUUCCUCCAUUGUUGGUAUAUAAAUGGUGUCAGGGUAUUAAUAAUUUAGAAAAUGUUUGGGAUACUUCAAAUGGCGAAUGUAAUGUUAUGCUUGAAACUUCUUUAAGUAAAUUUGCUGAGAAUAUCGAUUUCACAUUAUUGAAUAGACUUUUAAGACUUGUGUUGGAUACUAAUAUUGCUGAUUAUAUCACUUCAAAGAAUAAUGUAAAUCUCACAUAUAAGGAUAUGAACCAUGUGAAUCAAUUUGGAUUAAUACGAGGUUUACAAUUUUCAUCUUUUGUUUAUCAAUAUUAUGGAUUGGUUGUAGAUUUAUUAAUUCUAGGUUUAGACAGGGCUUUAGAACUUGCAGGACCAGUCCAAAAUCCGAACAAUUUCCUUCAAUUUAAGGAUACAGAAACUGAAACCGCCUCACCUAUACGCUUAUAUUCCCGGUAUCUCGACAAAAUUCAUAUAUUUUUCCGAUUUGACAACGAUGAAGGUAAUGGUUUAAUUCAAGAGUAUCUUUCUGAAAACCCAGAUCCAAACUUUGAAAAUGUUGUCGGAUAUAACAAUAAACGUUGUUGGCCAAGGGAUUCACGUAUGAGAUUAAUGAGACAUGAUGUCAAUUUGGGAAAGGCAGUAUUUUGGGAAAUCAGUGGUAGAAUACCACCAUCUCUUACAUCAAUAGAAUUUGAGGAUACAUUUGCAUCGGUUUAUUCAAGAGACAAUCCAAACUUGUUAUUCCUGAUGUGUGGUUUUGAAGUCAGAAUACUUCCGAAGAUUCGUGCCAAAGAAAGUAAUUCAUCAAAAGAAGGUGUUUGGGACCUCAUUGACCAAUCAACAAAGGAAAGAACAGCCAAAGCCUAUCUUCAAGUUUCACAAGAAGCAGUGGAUAAUUUCAAUAAUAGAAUUCGUCAAAUCUUAAUGUCUUCAGGUUCAACUACUUUUACUAAAGUUGCUGCAAAAUGGAAUACCGCAUUGAUCGCAUUGGUUACGUAUUAUAGAGAAGCCGCAGUCGCAACUGAAUCAUUGUUGGAUGUAUUAGUCAAAUGUGAAACAAAAAUCCAGAACAGAGUGAAAAUGGGACUUAAUUCGAAAAUGCCAUCACGUUUCCCACCAGCUGUAUUCUAUACUCCAAAAGAAAUUGGUGGAUUGGGUAUGUUGAGUGCCUCUCAUAUUUUAAUCCCGGCAUCUGAUCUCAGAUGGUCAACACAAACUGAUUCAGGAAUCACUCAUUUUAGAGCAGGGAUGUCCCAUCAAGAAGAAAAAAUGAUUCCAACCAUAUUUAGAUAUGUUACAACUUGGGAAAAUGAAUUCCUUGAUUCUCAAAGAGUGUGGGCAGAAUAUGCAAUCAAGCGUCAAGAAGCCUUAGAGCAGAAUCGUCGUCUUACUUUUGAAGAUAUGGAAAGUAAUUGGGAUAGAGGGUUACCUCGUAUUAGUACCUUGUUUCAAAAAGAUAGACAUACAUUGGCUUACGAUAAAGGUCAUAGAAUUAGAAGAGAAUUUAAACAAUUUAGUUUACCACGUUUCAAUCCAUUCUGGUGGACAAGCAAUCAUCAUGAUGGUAAAUUAUGGAAUCUUAAUGCAUAUAGAACUGAUGUUAUUCAAGCAUUGGGAGGAAUUGAAACCAUUCUUGAACAUACUUUAUUUAAAGGGACAGGAUUCGAUUCGUGGGAAGGUUUGUUUUGGGAAAAAGCAUCUGGUUUUGAGGAUUCUUUGAAGUUUAAGAAAUUAACAAAUGCCCAAAGGUCCGGGUUGAGUCAAAUUCCAAAUCGUCGUUUUACUUUAUGGUGGUCUCCAACAAUUAAUAGAGCAAAUGUGUACGUUGGUUUCUUGGUGCAACUUGAUUUAACUGGUAUUUUCCUUCAUGGUAAGAUUCCAACAUUGAAGAUUUCAUUGAUUCAAAUAUUUCGAGCUCAUUUAUGGCAGAAGAUUCAUGAAAGUGUUGUUCAAGAUUUAUGUCAAGUGUUUGAUAAGGAAUUAGAAGUAUUGCAAAUUGAUAAUGUAGAAAAGCAAGCCAUCCAUCCACGUAAAUCAUACAAUAUGAAUACAUCUACUGCUGAUAUUGUGUUGACAAGUACAUAUAAAUGGAAUGUUUCGAAACCCUCGUUGUUAAAUGACAAAGAUGAUAAAAUGGAACUUACUACUAAUAAAUUUUGGAUUGACGUGCAAUUGCGUUAUGGUGAUUAUGAUUCUCAUGAUAUUUCAAGAUAUGCGAGAGCCAAAUUCUUAGACUACACAACUGAUGGAACUAGUACAUAUCCUUCACCAACAGGUAUUAUUAUUGCAAUUGAUUUGGCAUAUAACAUGUAUGAUGUGUAUGGUAAUUGGUUCCCAGGAUUGAAGCCAUUAAUUCACAAUGCAAUGCGAGAAAUCAUGAAAGCAAAUCCAGCUCUUUAUGUUUUGAGAGAACGUAUUCGUAAAGGUUUACAAUUAUACCAAGCUCAACCACAAGAGGCAUUCUUAAAUUCAAAUAAUUACGCAGAGUUAUUUAGUAACGAUACCCAAUUAUUUAUUGAUGAUACGAAUGUUUACCGAGUUACAGUUCAUAAAACUUUUGAAGGAAAUUUGGCAACUAAACCAAUUAAUGGGUGUGUAUUUAUCUUGAACCCAAAGUCAGGUCAAUUAUUUUUGAAAAUUAUUCAUACGUCUGUUUGGCUGGGUCAAAAGCGUUUAGCACAAUUGGCUAAAUGGAAGACUGCGGAAGAAGUUGCUGCAUUGAUUAAGUCAUUACCCAGAGAAGAACAACCUAAACAAUUGAUUGUCACAAGAAAGGGUAUGAUGGAUCCAUUGGAAGUACAUAUGUUAGAUUUCCCAAAUAUUUCACUUAGACCUUCAGAGCUUCAUUUACCUUUUGGAUCUGCCAUGAAAAUUGAUAAGUUAGCCGAUAUUGUUCUUAAGGCAAAUGAACCUCAAAUGGUAUUGUUUAAUAUGUACGACGAUUGGUUAAAGACUAUUUCACCAUAUACAGCAUUUUCAAGGUUGAUUUUAUUAUUGAGAGCUUUAGGAAUUAAUCAAGAAAUGACUUAUCAUGUUUUACGUCCUGAUUCAAGUAUUGUUACGCAAGAACACCAUUUAUGGCCAACAUUAUCGGAUGAACAAUGGAUUGACGUUGAGACUCAAUUGAGAGAUUUAAUUCUCACUGAUUAUUCUAAGAAAUAUAAUGUUAAUAUUCAAUCAUUGACUCAAUCAGAAAUCAGAGAUUUGAUUUUGGGACAGAAUAUCAGAGCACCUUCCGUCAGACGUCAAGAGAUAUCUGAUAUUGAAGGUUCUAAAACUGAAGUUGAAAACAAGGAAUUGACUGCUUUGAAAACAACUACAACCAAUGUGCAUGGGGAAGAAAUUGUUACUGUUACUACUACUAAUUAUGAACAACUGACCUUCUCAUCUAAAAACGAAUGGAGAAAUAGGGCAAUUGCUGCAAACAAUUUACAUCUUAGAGCCAAGAAUAUUUAUGUCAAUUCUGAAGAUUAUAUCGAUGAUGAUUCAUUCACAUACAUUUUCCCCAAGAAUAUUUUACAGAAGUUUAUACAGAUAUCGGAUUUACGAAUUCAAGUUGGUGCAUUCCUUUAUGGUAAGUCACCAGCGGAUCAUGCUGAGGUUAAAGAAGUGAAAUGUAUUGCAAUUGUUCCACAAUUAGGAGGUACAAACACUAUUCAGUUUCCUAACAAUUUGCCAGAACCUACAGGAUUUUUGAAAGAUUUAGAAUUAUUAGGAUGGAUACAUACUCAAUCACAAGAUUUCAGUCAUAUGACACCUAGUGAAAUCACUACUCAUUCCAGACUUUGUCCUGAGUUUUCCAAGUCGUUUAUUUCGAUGUCAGUGGCAUAUACACCUGGAUCCGUUACAUUGUCUGCAUUUGAGUUGACAAAAGAAGGACAUGAAUGGGGUAAAUCGAAUGCUGAUUUAGUUUCUGAUGCACCACCUGGUUUUUCAAGCAGUUAUUCUAAAAAGGCACAAUUGAUUCUUUCUGAUAAGAUUAUGGGGACAUUUAUGGUACCUGAUGAUGAUAUUUGGAAUUAUUUCUUUAUUGGGGCAAUUUUCAAUCCAAAUGAACUUUAUGAUUUGAAAUUAGAUAUUCCCUUGACAUUUUAUGAAGAAUUACAUCGUCCUAUUCAUUUUACUGGAUUUACACAGCUUGAAUCAAAUAAUGAAGCAGAAGCUGAUCAAGAAGAUGUUUUUAGUUAA